AUGAACAUGUCUAGCGGUCGCGCCAGCCCAAUUGACACGACUGAAGCUAGUAAACCCGAUCAUCCUGGACGGCUAAGGUCGCAAACGCCGACGUCCAUGUUCUACGAAAAGUGCGAGCGCGCUAGUCUCCUUCCCGAGCCCAUCAUCCAGAAAGCGCUGGCCUGCAAAGAUGGCGUACUGAAUUUGAGGGACACCAGCUCAUACAGCAUUGGUGACUCGCUGUUGCUCGCACUGGCAGACAGCUUGGGCGGAAUCGAAACCCUCAGCAAAAUCAGCUUCAAGGACAACCGGUUGAGCGACAAAGGACUCUCUGCUAUGGUGAAAGGUCUCUCAAGAAGUCGAGUGCGAGAGCUCGAUUUGUCCCGCAACUACUUUAACGCCAAGGGCAUUGCACACAUUGCCCCGCUCUUGACGUCUCCGUCGUCCCCUCUCAUGGACCUGAAUCUCGAAAACAACAGCUUGGGCGACAGAGGCGUUGUCGUCUUAGCGUCUGCCUUGGCGGAGAGCAGGAAUUUGACGCGCCUAAACCUUAGUCGAUGCAACAUUGGGCACCAAGGCGCCACAGCUCUCGGGAACGCACUGUGUGAAAACGCCUCGCUCGUCGAGCUUUUCCUAUCGUGGAACAAAAUUCGGGGCUACGGCGCAACGAAACUGGCCCAAGGCCUUCAGCUGAGUGUGAGCCUGCAAACGCUGGAUCUGUCGUGGAAUUCCUUCGGGUCCAUCACAACGUCCGACGCGCUGCGAGCGUUGGGUGCGUCGCUGAUGGAAAACAACGUGUUGACGCACCUGGACUUGAGCCACAACCGACUGCUUGAAAAGGACUGCCAGGUGCUCUCGACUGCCCUGAAAGGCAAUACGUCCAUUCGCGGGUUGCACAUUGGCGGCAACGACCUCGACAUUGACGCUUAUGGCUUUGUAUUCCCCGACGCAGCCCAAAACGACCCCGCCGGUGCUCAUAUAUUCUCGCGCUUUGGCUUCAAGUGCUCGAAACAAGGCAAGAACGACUGGGAAAAACGGAGCAAUUGUUGGAUUUGCGAGCGGUGGGCAGAAGUGAGAUUCACGUGGAAACAACACGCCAAAAAGCCGGGCGAGGUCUUCUUUCGAGCUGAAUUCGACUACUGGCAGCCCCACCACGCUCUUCCCAGUGCCCACGAUCCGACCAUGUGGGAAAUCCAUCGCAUGGUGCCGCCGGGGAUGACGCAGUUUUUUUUCGUGAUCGAUGGUGUUCCUCAGACGACCGACGCCCACAUAGUACAGAAAUUCCAGGCGCGAGUCUGGGGUGGCGUAAGCAAUUACUCCCGCGGCCUUGACAUGCCUGCGUCCAACGAAGUCAACAUCGUCCGCGUCGACGAAACGGACGUGCUUGCCGACUUGAAGUGCAAACCUCGAUCAAAAACACCUGGGCCGAACCAAGAAGACGACUGGUUCGCGAAAUCGGUCUUUUGUACAUUCCAACAAGACACGACCCAGCACCUGAACAAUGCAUUCGAAGCCGACUGGAAUGCAUCACGGUUGCCCAAGCUGACUAAAGACGCCGCCGACCUCGACCGAGCCAAGCACAUGCUGGCAAAGAGCUUCGCCAUGUUAAAAUCCGUCUUCAAACACUACGCGACCACCGGGGGCACCGAUCCGUUUACGCUUGGGUCGAAUGCGUUUUUCGACUUUAUAUCGGACUGUGACAUAAUUGAUCAAGACACGUGCACACGGGCGGAAGUCGAGAUGAAUUUCAUUUCUUCAAGCUCGUCAGGUCCAAAGGUCAAAUGGAACACCAGGCGCAACUUGUUUCGAUUUCAGUUCAUUGAAGCUAUUGCGUUUUUGGCCGUGUCCAAGUUUUUCAAGUCCAAGCGCGCAUCUUCUGUGUCCGAAGCGAUUUCGAUGCUCCUCCAGCACCACAUUAAACCGCGAGCGUCGUGGCAUGAUAGUCAAGAAUAUCGCACGCACAAAUCCUACGCCCAACCCACUUGCCUGUUCUCCCCCCAAGUCGACAUGAUCUUCAAAGACCAUUUGUACUUGCUCAAAGAGCUGUUUGCGUCGUUUGCUGGCACGAUCGACACCACCCCCGCCGCAUGUGAAAAGUCAAAACGACUCAGUUUUGCCGAGUUUAUGUAUUUAUGCGAGCAAGGGAACCUAGUUGACGAGUCGCUACCAGCCCGCGACUUAAAGCUUGCUCUCAUGCGGUCCAAAGAAACCGAGAUAUUCGAUCCACACGGCGACGGCGAAGAAUGGAAACGAAUAAAUUUUGGGGAAUUUCUGGAAGCUUGUGCACGUAUGUCCGACGCAAAAGACUACACGCAAUUUUACGAACGGGUCAAAGUUGCUCACUACGGCGUCGUGGAUGGCGGCGACACAACGCAGUACGAGUUUCUCAAGGUGAAGACGUCGUCGUUGGACCAAUGGCGAAGUCAGUCGGGGAAUUUCGGACUCAAACUACCGGUGUUCUUAAAGCAAUUAUGUUUGCCGAUUGUGAGGGCCCGGAAAGUGUCGGUCCCAGCAUUGAUGGUCCGGCAGAUCACGACUGUCGCGUCCACGUUGCAACUUAAAAACGAAACUACAUGA